AUGUGCCCAAGCCUGGUGAGUGGCAGCAGGGCGACACCGAUCCCCACAGAUGCCGCGACGGGGUUUGCAAGCGCAUCGACGUUAAUGCGCAGAGCUCGCUCGGUUGACGAGGCGGGGCCCCUUCUGAGUAACAAUAGACUGGGAGCUUCAGAAAGAUACGACAUGCAGAGUAUCGGCAAGAUUACGGAACAACAGCCCAAGGAGCUGGGGGCCAAGAAGGAGAAGGUACCAGCAUUCAGGAAGCCCAGAGUGCUACACGAAAAGCACACGGAGAACGGUCAGGAAAAGGUCAUCCGGACAGCGGUGGUCCGGACAGCCAAUGCCGUUGAAAACGCUGAUAUUCUCGCCCCAAAGAAGAGCCGAAAGAAAAAGAGCAAAGACGAGAGUGAGGCGCAAACGACUAUCAAGAAGACCAAGAUUACUAAACCUGGCGCUGGGAACGCUGGUAAGAAGGCCGCUGGUCCUACAAAGAAGGCGAAGGAAGUUGUUCCUGCGCCACCGAGACCUCCUGCUUCCACGCAAGAAGAGGAUCUGAGAGCCAAGGAAGAGUUCCGAGAUUUAUGCUUAGAGAAGGCUAUCACAAGGCGAAAGGAAUGGACGCCCUGUAAAAAUACAGCUCCUGAUCCUACUCUAUCGGAGAACCCCAAGAAAUCUGUCGACUCUGAGCUUCCCGUAGACGAAACUCUAGCGAAGCAGCCACUAACUGCUGGUUUUGGUAACCUCUUGGGCAACUUUGGCUUCGCACAGAAAGAGGACAGCUCUGUUGUUAUCUGCGAAAGCACUCGCCAAGGGAACGGCGAGGCAAUAGUGAAGAGAAGGAAAAUCGAGCUUGUGAAUGGCGUGCCCGCGCCUCGCGUCUCCGAGAAGCCCAAGAGAUGCAAGUCGCCCAAGAAGAAACCGCAAACUGUCACGGAGAAGGCUACUGCUCCCUUUGCACCAGUAAGAUCUAUGGCUGCAUCAUCAUUGCUGCAAUAUUUCGGGACUCCCACGGCUGAAUCGGUGAUUCAUGCAAGAGGUGCAAUUGAUAAUCCUGACACGCCUGUGACAAUGAGAUGCAGAUCGCCAGUGAAGACAAUGGCAACGUCGAAACCAAAGACGAGCAAAGCGAAAAAGUCGGUCCAGAAGCAGCCCGUCCUACUUUCGCCAGAGUCGGCUAUGAAGAAUGCCCGAAAUCAAGAGCUGAUCUUUGGCACAUCCAGUCAGCUCGUACGUGAAGAAUCACCAACCUUUAUUAAAGAUCUUCAGCAGGCCAUGAAGGAUUCAGAGUCGACGUUGGAGCAAAAGCAACUUCCGGCAAAAGACUACGACUUCCUGGAUCUACCUUCCGGCAGGCCAAGAUCAUCCAAUGUGCGAGCAACAACGGCAUUGAAAAGUCUUUGGUCCGCGGCGUCUCGGAACAUCGAUGGUUCUCUUGUCGAAGCGGAGAUAGUGAAUCUUGCGGAUACACCAAAGCCGAUCCCUGCUGCGACAGAGCGUAUUAGUGCUCCAAAGGUGCCAGAUUCUUUGAAACCCCAGCUCAAAGCAGAAGACGGCGCACCUUCACAUAUUGGCGAAGUAGAGUCAAUUGCUCCCAAGCUCAAUUUGAAAGACACUGCAGACCUUCAGCAACAAAUAGAAGAGCCCGACCUGGUUAUGCCACGAUCUGUCGCCGAAGCUGGUUUGAGAAACCGUCCAAAGAGUAAACCUCCCGUCAAGAAAACAUCUAUAGCAAAGCCUGCAACGAAUCAGAUGCCCAAUUAUGAAGGCUUCACUGACGUCCAAUUACGUAACGAGAUUGCUUCAUACAAAUUCAAAACUAUCAGGAGAAGAGAGGCAAUGAUCAUGCUAUUAAAACGAUGUUGGGAAAGUAAAAUGUCGAUGACUCUUCAUGAGGCUCCAGCCAACGUGGGCCUCCCACCGCCCGUGGUCGAGAAUAUCAACACUGAGACGUUGAAACAAACAAGUCCUUCCAAGAAGAGAGAAAGGCCACCUAAAACUUCCGACGUGGUAGCAGCGACCGCUGACAAAGAUGACGAUGUACCGGCAAAAAAGCCUCGCGGACGACCCAAGAAAGAUCCAACAGCGACGACACCACCGAAACGAAAGCGAAAAUCGAAAGCAGUCCUGUCGGAAGCUCUGGUAUCAGCUGCAGUCGACGAAAUCUACGACUCGAGUCCACCGACUCCCUCCCCACCGCGCCGGCGUUCACCUCCAAAGUCACCUGGCCAACUUCAGCUAAGUCAACAGCUCGGAACUUCGACCACUAAUAUUACUACUGCCAGCAAAGACAAGAACCGAGUACUUCUCUUCUCCCAAAUAACUAAAGCUGUCACCACCUUUCCACCUACCCAUGACGUCAAGAACCUGACUUGGUACGAGAAGAUGCUGAUGUAUGAUCCUAUCGUCCUGGAAGACCUUACUGUAUGGUUGAAUACGGAAGGCCUGGACAGGGUGGGCGAGGACGACGAGGUAUGGCCAGGUCUAGUCAAGGAGUGGUGUGAGGAAAGGAGUGUUUGUUGUCUUUGGAGGGAGAAUCUAAGGGGUGGUGCGAGGGGGAGGUGGUAA